AGGAGAUAGCACCGCUAUUGCACCGUGUCUUUUUCUCACGGUAUCCGUCGAAGACAGGACAUUGUUUUUUGUCAUCUAACGUACCGUACACUUCAGAAUUCAGUUUUACGUCUUCUCACAGCUUAUAUAAUUCAGGGAGGCCCGUUGUGUACGGCGAGCUCGUGUGUCGGCGGUGUCAUAGGUGUGAGUGUGUGACGGAUGCGUGGAGGAAACUGAGCAGGGUACCAUCACACCUCACGAUGGCCAGAAUGAGUUUUCUCUCCUUUCUCCUCUUUUGCUUGACUUCGGUUGCCCAUGGCAACAAAGCCAAUAAACACAAGCCAUGGAUCGAGACAGAGUACCAGGGAAUCGUCAUGGAAAACGACAAUACCGUCCUGCUCAACCCACCUCUGUUCGCGCUGGAUAAAGAUGCGCCCCUGCACUACGCCGGGGAGAUCUGUGGAUUUAGGGUUCACAAUGGACCGGGUGGUUCUGGUUCUGCACAGUUCGAGGCAGUGGUGUUGGACCGGUCCACUGGAGAAGGUCUGGUUCGGUCCAAGGAGCCUCUGGAUUGCGAAAGUCAAAAGGAGCACAGCUUCACCAUUCAGGCUUAUGACUGUGGAGAGGGUCCUGACGGCACUAACAGCAAGAAAUCCCACAAGGCCACAGUGCACGUUCGGGUAAAUGACGUGAACGAGUUCUCACCUGUCUUUGUGGAGCGUCGCUAUGAGGCAUCUGUGCCUGAGGGUCGCCUGUUUGAUCGUAUCGUGCGGGUUGAAGCAGUGGAUGCCGACUGUUCCCCUCAGUAUAGCCAGAUUUGCUUCUAUGACAUCAUCACGCCCAACGUGCCAUUCACAAUUGACAAUGAUGGUAACAUUAAGAACACCGAACCUCUGGACUCUAAACGCCAGCGUGUCCACAGUUUUUGGGUUACAGCAUUUGACUGUGGAAAGAAUCGGGCUCAGGCUGACGCUCAGGUCAUCGUCACUGUCAAACCUUCCUGCAAGCCGGGCUGGAUCGGAUGGUCAAAGCGGAUUGAGUAUACCCCUGGCUCGGGCAGUAUCCCUCUCUUCCCUAACCUGCACUUGGAAACCUGUGAGGAGACUGUCUGGAACAUCCAGGCUACUGUUGAGCUUCAGACGGGUCAUAUUGGGAAGGGCUGUGACAGGGACAGCUACUCCGAUCGAUCUGUGCGCAGACUCUGUGGUGCCGUGAGGGGUGAAGUCGACCUUCUUCCACCUCCAUCGCCUGCAACCAAUUGGACUGCUGCGCUACCGACGCUGCCAUCCUCUGAUUCAUCUCUGGUCUUCUCUUUCAAUGGCUCCACCCAUGUUGCCGUAGUACCUGAUUCGGUUGCUUCAGCAGUGUCAGGUGACCACUUCACCCUGCAGCUGUGGAUGCGAAGAGGAGGAGCUAGCACUCAGCCACCCACCAAUCAGGCGAGAGGAACCCGUAAAGAGGAGGAGACUAUUGUCUGCAGCACUGUUAAGAAUGAUGAUUCAUAUUCUCACUACUCCCUAUCGGUACACGGCUGUCGUCUCUCUCUUUUCUAUUGGCCGGAUGUGUCAGCCGCAAGACCUGUCAAAUUCCUCUGGAAGCUGGAACAGGUGUGUGACAGUGAGUGGCAUCACCUGUCCCUUAGUGUGCAGUUCCCCUCCGUCACACUCUAUGUCGAUGGUGUGACCUUCGACCCUGCUCUCAUCCAUGACAACGGAGCUAUCCCCAACCCUGCACCACAUCAACGACUGGUCAUUGGAGCAUGCUGGGAGCCAGAGGAGAAACCCAAAGAUAUUUUGAACAACACCAUGCCGGAGAGCAAGGACACAGGGAAGUUUGUCAGUGGUUACAAGGGGCUGUUGUCAGGUUUGACUGUGCGUCCAGGAAAUGUGGAGCCACACAGUGUAGUGGAGUGUCUGUAUGCUUGUCGAGAGGGGCUUGAUUUCGGGGACCUUGAGACUUUGGGGUCAGGCAUGAAGGUACAUGUAAACCCAAGCCAGUCUGUGCUGGUUUUAGAAGGAGACGACAUUGAAAGUUUUAACCGUGCGGUUCAGCAGGUGACAUACAGAAAUUCUUUACGAUUUGCAACCCCUGGCGUCCGUCCUCUGAAACUUACUACCACUCUUAGGUGUUUUAGUGAAGAGAGCUGUCUCUCUCUCAAGCAGCUGGAGGGUUAUCUGGUCGUACUUCAGCCUGAUGCCCCCCAGAUCUCUCUCUCAGGGGUGGGACCCCACUUGGCUCGGCCAGCCGCUGAAUUUGAGGGCCCUCAAGGGGUCCCCUUGUUUCCAGAGCUUCGCAUUGUCUGCUCCCUGUCUCAUGCCGUUAACACAGCUGCCCAGGGCAUGGAAGGAGGGGCUCUGAUGUCAGAUGCCGUGGCUCACACUCUGGAUGGGUGUGAGGUCCAGCCGUUGGGGGAGGAGCUAAACCCUGAAAGGGAGGAGCUUCUGGUUGACAUGGAUGCAUUAAAAGAGAGAGGGCUGGACAUCAUUAACACAAUGGCCUACAUUGCCAUUACCGGAGCGGAGUCUAUCUCUGUUUAUGAAGAUGUGUUGCGCUCCAUUCGUUAUCGGUUAGCGAAAGGCUCGGCCCGUUUUGAGAGGAGGUUCCGUCUCUCUUGCUCAGAAAUGAAUGGACGCUACACCAGCAAUGAAAUCACGCUAGAGGUGAACUUCCUGCAUUCUCUGGACAGUCUGUACCAUCCCUCUCAUCUUCUGGCAUCUCAACAGCAGUUCCUCCAUCCAUCCCACCACACUGGAGAACUGAGUGGACACUCACUACCCAACCCACACCGCAACUCCGUUGUUCCAGGAGCCGCAACAGUCAUCAUAAUGGUGUGUGUGGGAUUUUUGGUUGUCAUGGUGAUUCUUGGUGUCUUCCGCAUCCGUUCCAUCCACCGCCGUGGUGAAGGAGCAAGAGGCGGGGCCAAAGAGGGCAGUAACCAAUGGGAUGAUUCAGCCCUCACCAUUAUUGUUAAUCCUAUGGAGUCAUUUGAGAACCGCAUGGGCAUUGCCACAGAUAUGGAAGGAGAUUGUGACGAUGAGGAAGAAGUAGUGGAUUCACCUGAUGAUACCGGUGAUGACCAACAAAUCAUCAUCAACAAGAAAGAGGGAAGAGACUCCACCCCCCGACGCUACUGAGCCAAUCAGAUACUCCAAAAUAUAACAUGUUACACACAUUUAAAGAAAAUGAAAAGUCUGUAACAAUGCAGUUAUUGGAUCUCAGCCUCUGUGAAUGCAAUGCUUCUCUCUGGAAUCUAUGCUCCCACAAAACGCAAUGCACAAUGAAUAUCCUCUUGCUCAGAUGUGUGACUAACAUCUUGCCACUCUCGACCCAGAUCCCAGUAUUUAUAAAUGGCACAAUUAUAUUCUCAUUCAUCCUACAACCCUUCCAAUUGAUGUGCUCACCACACUGUAUCAGACACAUUGACAACACUGUAAAUUAUCAACUCACAUCCAGCUAUUGACCCAGGAAGUUACAUCCUUUUAUAAUUAAUAUAACAUCUAGUGCCCAGUAUACUGUCUACGAAACUUAACUUCAGACGCCGUCUUUCCUCUGCACAAUCUAUCUCUCGAUACAUUCCUCUAAGAAAUUCACAUGUACAGAGUUAGAGGAUUAGUCAGUCAGUAAAGGUGUUUAGUAAUAUUGAUAGACUGCAGGUAGGUAGGCAAUUGCUUUCUUUUAAUCACAAUAACACAACGAUUACCUUCACGCACACUGACAGAUUUUUUGUGCACCUUUUCUCACCUCACAGUACAGUGCAAUGCCCUCUGCUGUAUUAGAAUGUUAGCUCAACCUGGGCAAUUUUGAUUGUACUUAAAUGUAUGUAAAUACAAAUGACUAUUACUAUUAUUAUCAAUUUUUUGUUUGUCGGUUCCAUGAUUUUUCUUCAUUUCCAGUCUUUGCACUUUCAAAUAGGCUAGUUAUUUUUUUCUAAUAUCUCUAUUGGUAAUAAACAGUGAUAAUAAUGACAAUAAUAGUAUUAGUAUUAAGAGCGGUAAUGAUUGGCUUGAUGAAUGUCUAUUUAUUUGUGUGUUAAAUCGUGUAAUUUAAGAACUUGUUAAUAAUCACAGUGAAACAGAAAGAUACAUUAUUGUUAUGCCUUUCCCAUCAUCCCUUUCAACAUACACCUGUCUCACUCUCUUUACUCAUCUGUCCUCUUUUUCCCCUCUGUCCUUCCACUCUUUAUAUACUGCCACUGCUUUUUUGGUUUCUGAAUGUACAACUGUGCCACCCUUUCCUCCUUACCACCUUCUCUCUUCCUGUGACUAUUUCUCUGUCUGUGUAAGUGUACAGUGGAAACCUGUCAGUAAAUAAAGGCCUGUUGUUAUUAAGAAUGCAUUAAUAAGGUACAUUAUUACAACGGUUGUCAUUGGUUACAUAUACUUACAAAUACAAUGACAUUGAUUAUAUGGCUUGAUUGUUAUUGAUAACCGUCCGAAGAAAUAAUCUGUUAACAAAAAUUCAUAAUAAAAUCAAACGGAUGACGUCAA